GCCACACACACACUUGAACACAAGUUAAGGGAAGCUAACGUAGGCCUGUCUUCCGUGCUGUACACGCUGUCCUGUUUAGUGCUUGUGCUGUGCGCUUUAUUGCAAUUCUUCUCCAAAAAUCAACUCUGUUCUUAUUUGCCCACAUUGAAUCUUGUCCAUUUAACGUAUCAUCAUCGUUGUCGUCGUCGUCAAUCGCUAAAAUCGAAACGAAAACGCUCAUUUGAUUCAUCAUCUUUUUUUGUUUUUUCUUAGGUUUUUUUCAAUUUUUUAUUUUUUUUGUCGAAUUUAUUUGCCAUUAACAACAAACAAUCAAAAUGGUCAAUUUUACCGUCGAUGAAAUCCGUGUUCUGAUGAACAAAAAGCGGAAUAUUCGUAACAUGUCUGUUAUUGCUCAUGUCGAUCAUGGUAAAUCGACAUUGACCGAUUCAUUGGUUUCGAAAGCCGGUAUUAUUGCUGCAGCUAAAGCUGGUGAAAUGCGUUUCACCGAUACCCGUAAAGAUGAACAAGAACGUUGUAUUACAAUCAAAUCGACUGCUAUUUCGAUGUAUUUCGAAAUGCGUGAACAAGAUAUGAUUUUUAUCACUAGUGCCGAUCAAAAAGAAGCCGAUGAAAAAGGUUUCUUAAUCAAUUUGAUCGAUAGUCCUGGUCACGUUGAUUUUUCAUCCGAAGUAACGGCUGCAUUACGUGUUACCGAUGGUGCAUUGGUUGUUGUCGAUUGUGUUUCAGGUGUUUGUGUACAAACCGAAACUGUAUUACGUCAAGCUAUUGCUGAACGUAUCAAGCCGGUAUUGUUUAUGAACAAAAUGGAUUUGGCUAUGCUUACAUUGCAAUUGGAGCAAGAAGAUUUGUAUCAAAAAUUUACCCGAAUUGUUGAAAAUGUUAACGUUAUUAUUUCUACGUAUGCUGAUGAAAAUGGACCAAUGGGGGAUAUACGUGUUGAUCCUUCCAAAGGUUCAGUUGGUUUUGGUUCUGGUUUACAUGGUUGGGCUUUUUCAUUGAAACAAUUUGCUGAAUUGUAUUCGGAAAAAUUUAAAAUCGAUGUUGAUAAACUAAUGAAUCGGCUAUGGGGUGAAAAUUUCUACAAUCCUGCAGCAAAAAAAUGGUCAAAACGUUUUGAUGAUGGUUAUAAACGUGCUUUCUGUAUGUUUGUUUUGGAUCCAAUUUUCAAAGUGUUCGAUGCCAUUAUGAAUUUUAAAAAAGAAGAAACAUCUAAAUUGCUGGAAAAAUUGAACAUCGUAUUGAAAGGUGAAGAUAAAGAAAAAGAUGGCAAAAAUUUGUUGAAAGUUGUUAUGCGAACCUGGUUGCCGGCUGGUGAUUCAUUAUUGCAAAUGAUUGCCAUUCAUUUACCAUCACCAAUCACUGCACAAAAAUAUCGUAUGGAAUUAUUGUAUGAAGGACCACAUGAUGAUGAAGCUGCUUUGGCUGUUAAAACCUGUAAUCCAGAUGGUCCAUUGAUGAUGUAUAUUUCAAAAAUGGUACCCACUUCUGAUAAAGGUCGUUUCUAUGCUUUUGGUCGUGUUUUUUCGGGUAUUGUUGCUUCUGGACAAAAAGUUCGUAUUAUGGGACCAAAUUAUGUUCAUGGUAAAAAAGAAGAUUUAGUUGAAAAAGCUAUUCAACGAACUGUAUUGAUGAUGGGUCGUUAUGUUGAAUCGAUUGAAAAUGUACCUUGUGGUAACAUUUGUGGUUUGGUUGGUGUUGAUCAAUUUUUGGUCAAAACCGGUACUAUUUCAACAUUCAAAGAUGCACACAAUAUGAAAACCAUGAAAUUUUCUGUAUCACCUGUUGUACGUGUUGCUGUUGAGCCAAAAAAUCCUGCCGAUCUACCAAAAUUGGUGGAAGGUUUGAAACGUUUAGCCAAAUCCGAUCCCAUGGUUCAAUGUAUUAUUGAAGAAUCGGGUGAACAUAUUGUUGCUGGUGCUGGUGAACUUCAUCUGGAAAUUUGUUUGAAAGAUUUGGAAGAAGAUCAUGCUCAAAUUCCAAUCAAAACAUCGGAUCCAGUUGUAUCGUAUCGUGAAACUGUUUCGGAAGAAUCUGAAAUAAUGUGCUUAUCAAAAUCACCAAACAAACAUAACCGUUUGUUUAUGAAAGCAUGUCCACUUCAAGAUGGUAUUGCUGAAGAUAUUGAUAAAGGUGACAUUAACCCACGUGAUGAUUUUAAAAUUCGUGCACGAUUUUUGGCCGAUAAAUAUGGCUGGGAUGCAACCGAUGCCCGUAAAAUCUGGGCUUUUGGACCCGAAGGUACUGGACCAAAUCUUUUGGUCGAUGUGACCAAAGGUGUGCAAUAUUUGAAUGAAAUCAAAGACAGUGUUGUUGCUGGAUUUCAAUGGGCCACCAAAGAGAGUGUACUUUGUGAAGAAAAUAUGCGUGGUGUUCGUUUCAAUAUUCAUGAUGUAACAUUGCAUGCUGACGCUAUUCAUCGUGGUGGUGGUCAAAUCAUUCCAACAGCACGUCGUUGUCUUUAUGCAUGCCUUUUGACUGCUCAACCACGUCUUUUGGAACCAGUGUAUUUGGUUGAAAUUCAAUGUCCAGAACAGGCUGUUGGUGGUAUUUAUGGUGUGUUGAAUAGACGUCGUGGUCAUGUAUUUGAAGAAUCACAAGUUGUCGGUACACCCAUGUUUACUGUUAAAGCUUAUUUACCGGUAAAUGAAUCAUUUGGUUUUACUGCCGAUUUACGUUCGAACACUGGUGGCCAAGCAUUUCCACAAUGUGUAUUUGAUCAUUGGCAAAUUUUACCUGGCGAUCCAUUGGAUGGUAAAUCACGUCCAUAUCAGGUUGUAAUGGAAACCCGUAAACGUAAAGGUCUUAAAGAUUCAUUGCCUGAAUUGGAUAAUUAUUUCGAUAAACUUUAAGAUCUAGUGGAAAAAAUGUCAAAUUUCAAGAUUAA